GCCUUGCCAUGAUCCUGCGCACCUCAUUAUAAGGUUGCCCGUCUAACUCGAUUGGCGUCCUGUCCUGGUAUCCUUGAGGAGUAAGUUUUUUGAAACUGCGCACGACGGCGUGACGACACGUGGGUUGUUCCAAGUACAAUGCAUCUUCAGGCAGUCGACAGAGGAGCGGCGAUGGGUAGGCUGGCCGCGAGACAGUCAGAGUCUGCGGAUUCCAGCGCAAGCGGCUCCUCAGGCUCGUCCGCUACGGGAAGUGCACAGCAACCCCCUAGUACCGAUACCUCUGGACCCGCAUCUACCUCCUCACCUGUUUCGACCUCGAGUGAAAGCCCACCUGAAACGUCGUCUUCGUCUCCGGCACCGCAAGCAAGCUCUUCAACCUCGUCGAGCGAAACAACCAGUACGUCCACUUCUUCAAGCGAUACCGCCACCAGUACACCGAGCAGUACAUCGACGAGCACUUCAACAUCCAUCAGUUCGAGUCCGCAGUCAACGACAUCAUCCUCUUCUUCGCCACCUCCAACAACAUCUUCUACAUAUACAACCUCCUCGGAUCCGCCGACAUCUUCAUCUACAAAUGCUUCAGCUUCCACCUCAGCUCAUACCACGAGCUCCUCAUCUUCGCAGCCAUCGCCGUCUAAUAUAUCUUCGCCGCCGACGCAAACUGCAGCUUCAACAUCAAACACGGCCAGCACCUCCGAUCCGCAGCAGCCAACUAGCACAGCUUCAUCGACGACGUCCGCCAGCUCUAUCAAAGGUGAAAUACAGACCACAAUCACUUCAUCGUUCGUCACCACUAUCAACGGCUCAGCAGUAUCAACAUUCUCGCUCAUCCCCACGACACUCAGUGCGCCGACCUCAACCACCUCCUCCGCAACCAACAAAGCGAUCAUCGCAGGCAGCGUCAGCGGCGUCGCCGCCUUCCUCGCGCUCGCACUCGCGAUGAUCCUCUUCUACCGCCGCCACCAGCACAAGAAGCUCAACUUCUUCCGGCGCAAGGACAAAACACCGCGCAACAUGCUCCUCGCGGGCGAGGACAUGGACGACUACGAUCUCCCGCCCACCAUGCGCAGCUACUCGGACUUCCCCGGGCCUUCCUCGCGCACCGCAUCGUACUACUCCGGAUCGCUCAAUGGCCCCCCGCUUGACCCCAACGCGGGCCCGCAGAUGGCGCGCAUCCCAUCGCCGCACCUCAUGGGCAUGCGCACCUCCGAGUCCGGAUCCAUCUUCCAAGAGGCCGUCUGGCCACCGCCCAGAGCCGGGCUCAUCGACCCGCUCAACACCUCCUCGCGCGAAAGCCUCUCCCGCAUCGUCGAUGACGUUAUGGGCCCCGCACAAGCCCCAUCAAGCUCUCAGGCGGCCGCAUCCUCGGGACAUGGGCGUUCAGACUCGCAGACGGCACUGCUGUCGAGCGCGCCGGAUUCGCCGAAGCCGACGUGGCGCAGUCCGUUGUUUGUGACGAAUAUGGGUUCCGAGACGGCGUCGGUUAGCAGCCCGCCGCGCCAGACGAGCAAGCUCGCACCGCAGACGAGAACAUUUCAGGAUGAGGAUACGGGUACCUAUCCCAUGGGAGAGGCGCUGUAGACAUCGGUCUCCGCCAUAUUGACUUGCUUGCACCCGAUGCGUAGUUUAUGCUAAGGAUUCAAUAUCUUUUCAUGUGUUACUUGCUGUUCAGACGCUUCCUCCCAGUGCUUAGUACUUGCUGGACACGGACACGGACAGAAUGCUUCCCAAUACUUUACUGAUGCUCUGUACUGUAGUGGAUACGGAUCUCCGCGGACUUUUUGCUCUCUCUUGCAUCGACACGAUGAUCACAAUAUUGAAUGUUAUCGGACUCGCCACGCUCGAUAUUCGAUCUAAGUUAAUCCAUUAGACUCACAUAUGUCCCUUGUGCUCAACGAGCGAUAGCAAAUACACGUGGUCAAC